AUGGCUGUGGCGGCCCAGCUCUCUCUGACACAGUUCUGGAGUGGGAAUCCUGUAUAUGAAAAAUACUAUAGACAGGUUGAUACAGGCAAUACUGGAAGGAUGUUGGCUUCUGAUGCUGCUGCUCUCCUGAAAAAAUCAGGGCUUCCAGACUUGAUACUUGAGAAGAUUUGGGAUUUAGCCGACACAGAUGGCAAAGGUAUCCUGAACAAACAAGAAUUCUUUGUUGCUUUGUGUCUUGUGGCAUGUACCCAGAAUGGACUGGAAGUUUCACUAAGUAGUUUGAACCUGGCUGUUCCUCCACCAAGAUUUAAUGAUACCAGUAAUCCUUUGCUAUUCAGUGGAACCUCUGCAGCUGAGCUCCUAUGGGCUGUAAAACCUGAAGAUAAGGCCAAAUAUGAUGCAGUAUUUGAUAGUUUAAGCCCAGUGAAUGGAUUUCUAUCUGGUGAUAAAGUGAAACCAGUGUUGCUCAACUCUAAGUUACCUGUGGAUAUCCUUGGAAGAGUUUGGGAGUUGAGUGAUAUUGACCAUGAUGGAAUGCUUGACAGAGAUGAGUUUGCAGUUGCCAUGUUUUUGGUAUACUGUGCACUGGAGAAAGAACCUGUGCCAACGUCCUUGCCUCCAUCCUUGGUGCCACCAUCUAAGAGAAAAACGUGGGUUGUAUCCCCUGCAGAAAAAGCUAAACAUGAUGAAAUCUUCCUGAAAACUGAUAAAGAUAUGGACGGAUUUGUGUCUGGAUUGGAGGUCCGUGAAAUAUUCUUGAAAACAGGUUUACCGUCUACCUUACUAGCCCACAUAUGGUCAUUAUGCUACACAAAGGACGGUGGGAAGCUUUCAAAGGAACAGUUUGUCUUGGCUUUUCACUUAACCAGUCAGAAGUUAAUCAAGGGCAUUGAUCCUUCUCACGUUCUUACUCCUGAAAUGAUUCCACCAUCAGACAGGUCCAGUUUACAAAAGAACAUCAUAGGAUCAAGUCCUGCUGCAGAUUUCUCUGCUAUUAAGGAACUAGAUACUCUUAACAAUGAAAUAGUUGACCUACAGAAGGAAAAGAAUAAUGUGGAACAGGACCUUAAGGAGAAGGAAGAUACUAUUAAACAGAGGACAAAUGAGGUUCAGGAUCUUCAAGAUGAAGUUCAAAGGGAGAAUACUAAUCUGCAAAAACUACAGGCCCAGAAACAGCAGGUAAAGGAACUCCUUGAUGAACUGGAUGAGCAGAAAGCCCAGCUGGAGGAGCAACUCAAGGAAGUCAGAAAGAAAUGUGCUGAGGAGGCCCAACUGAUCUCUUCUCUGAAAGCUGAAUUAACCAGUCAGGAAUCACAGAUCUCCACUUAUGAAGAAGAAUUGGCAAAAGCUAGAGAAGAGCUGAGCCAUCUACAGCAAGAAACAGCAGAAUUGGAGGAGAGUGUAGAGUCAGGGAAGGCUCAGUUGGAACCUCUUCAACAGCACCUACAAGAUUCACAACAGGAAAUUAGUUCAAUGCAAAUGAAACUGAUGGAAAUGAAAGAUUUGGAAAAUCAUAAUAAUCAGUUAAAUUGGUGCAGUAGCCCACACAGCAUUCUUGUGAAAGGAGCUACAGAUUAUUGCAGCCUCUGCACCAGCAGCAGUGAAACAGCCAACCUUAACGAACAUGCUGAAGGCCAGAGCAACCUAGAGUCUGAGUCCAUACACCAGGAAUCUCCAGCAAGAAGUGGUCCUGAACUACUGCCUUCUGGUGUGACUGAUGAAAAUGAGGUGAUUACAGCUGUUACUGAAAAAGUUUGUUCAGAACUCGACAAUAAUAGACUCAAAGAGGAAGAUCCAUUUAAUGUAGACUCAAGUUUGCUGACAGGUCCAGUUGCAGAUACGAACUUGGAUUUUUUCCAGUCUGAUCCUUUCGUUGGCAGUGAUCCUUUCAAGGAUGAUCGUUUUGGAAAAAUCGAUCCAUUUUGUGGUGAUCUUUUCAAAGAUUCAGAUCCAUUUGCAUCAGACUGUUUCUUUAGGCAAUCUACUGAUCCUUUUGCCACUUCAAGUACUGACCCUUUCAGUGCAGCCAACAAUAGCGGUAUUACAUCGGUAGAAACGUUGAAGCACAACGAUCCUUUUGCUCCUGGUAACAGAACAGUUGUUGCAGCAAGCGAUUCAGCCACAGACCCCUUUGCUUCUGUUUUUGGGAAUGAAUCAUUUGGAGAUGGAUUUACCGACUUCAGCACAUUGUCAAAGGUCAACAAUGAAGAUCCUUUUAGUUCAGCCACAUCGAGCUCUGUCAGCAACGUAGUGAUUACAAAAAAUGUAUUUGAGGAAACAUCGGUCAAAAGUGAAGAUGAACCCCCAGCACUGCCACCAAAGAUCGGAACUCCAACAAGACCCGGCCCUCCACCACCUGGGAAAAAAUCCAUCAACAAAUUGGAUUCUCCUGAUCCCUUUAAACUGAAUGAUCCAUUUCAGCCUUUCCCAGGCAAUGAUAGCCCCAAGGAAAAAGAUCCUGAAAUGUUUUGUGAUCCAUUCACUUCUGCUACUACCACUACCAAUAAAGAGGCUGAUCCAAGCAAUUUUGCCAACUUCAGUGCUUAUCCCUCUGAAGAAGAUAAGAUCGAAUGGGCCAAGAGGGAAAGUGAGAGAGAGGAAGAGCAGAGGCUUGCCCAACUAAAUCAGCAAGAACAAGAAGACUUAGAACUGGCUAUUGCACUCAGCAAAUCUGAGAUAUCAGAAGCAUGAAGAAAUCUCUUGUUCUUUGGCAACAAUAUAAUACUCUUCUUCCUGAAUACUGAAACUAUUUACAAUGUGUAUCAAAACUACUUGUGAGCAUGGGAAUACAAAAGGUUUGAGAUUCCUGUAAAUGUGACAAAAUUUUAGGAUUUUUUUCUUCAUUACAGAUUCGUCUUUUUUCUUUUUUUCUUAUAAAAGCUGUAACCCAGUCAGACAAAUUCACCUUCACUUAGGCCCCUGUUCUGGUGUACAUUUACUGUGAGCUUUUGCCUGCCUGUGCUAUUUUACUUGUAAAGCUAGAGCACCCAAGCUUCUGCCUUCUGGAAUAUAGAGAAAUAGUUUCGCCCUGCACUACCCUGUUCUGUAGUUAUUCUGACGAUAGCCAGUGAGGUUCUUAAAGUUUGCAGUAUUCUCCCCUGAUCAGAAUGGUUGAGUGAGGAUAAGGGAAAGAAUAUCUUAUUUCUUUUAUGAUUGGUGCAAAUUGGCUAAAGUGCAUUUUUAAAUUUCCUCUACUUAAGUUGUUUUUUAGAGACAAGGAAAAAUAUUUUGCACAGAUUUACUCCACUAUGGAAAAGGGACGCUUUAGGUUGAACCAUUAUAGCCUCAGAUUCAAUCUUUUCCUAACUAAAAAUAUUAAAGCCUCAUGUGUGAAAUAAAUUUUUAAAAAGAUUUAUCUGGAUUUAGAGAAUUUUAGAUCAACAGAUACCUCUCAGUGUGUUUGCUAAUUAAUAAAAAUCAGUUUCUUACAAAUAAAGUUUUGUAAGAAAAUGUUCAUUUUAAGUGCUAGAUAGUGGAGAAAAUUUAUCACCUAAAAUAUACCCAUCAGUAUAACGCAAGCAAAAGUCUUAACAUGGCAGCCAUUCUGCCUUUGCCGUGGCCCUGUCCUGUUUAGUUCUUAGUGGGUUAAUUUUUGUACUUUUGCAGAAGAAACUUCAGCAAGCUAGAACUGGAAGUUACUUUAAUUUUUCAUAUAUAUAUUUUUUUUUUUUUAAAUGAAGGCUCAUUUACUUGAAAUGUAAAAACUUUCACUGAAUACAAAUAGAAAAACUGAUGUGUUUUAUAUCAUAUUGCUUUUUGUCCAUCUUUGUGGUUUAGUUUAUUUACUCACUUCAUGUUUUUCACCUAUAAAAUUGUCAAGCUAGCAAAAAAACUCUUGUUUUUUUAAUUGGGAGAGAAGAGACCUGCCAGAUUAUCAAACCUCUUCAUGUUAAAAGACCAUCUCCUGUAAAAGUGACCUAGUGGACAAGCUGAAUUUGAAAUAGACUGUGAAGUAAGCUGUAACUUGUCAUUUUAAUUUUGUUUAACAUGGCUACUUAAUUAGAUGAUGUAUUGAAUACCAAGAUAAAGAAAAAUGCACCUAAAAUCUAAUUAGAAUUCUCUGGGUCACCAAGUCAAGGUGGUAUUGAUCUGUGUUAAUCUGAGUAACUUAUUGCCUAGCCUAUAAAUAAAUUCCAAAAUAUCCAAUUCA